UCCUCUCGCGCCGGUCGCCUGGAUUGCAGCGGGGUCCAGUCUGCUACUAGAGGAGCAAACCUGGCAACCUGGCAGCUCGCGCGGAGAGACCCUAUCGGCAAACUGGCAAUGCGGAAAUAGAUCUGGCACCCCCGAGCUCGGACCGAGGAGAGAGGCGUGACAGAGCGAGCGGAGAGGAGCAGGGAUUGCAUUGACAGCGAUAAAACAAGCAACUCUUUCUUUCCUGUUAGUUUUUUUUCUUUUUACAAUAAAGUGCUUUCAGGUGCGUUCACUCGCACCCGCCGAGGGUUUUCGUCCCCCAGAAUUUGUUUUUAAAUUAAACAAGUCUGAAGUAGAAGAAACCAGAAGUGCGUUUUUUAUCGUUUGGAUUCCGGACUUGUUUACUGACUUUUCCCUUUUGCAUCAACCAUGGAUGUGUUGGCGAAUUACAGUAUUUUCCAGGAACUCCAACUCGUUCAUGACACUGGCUAUUUCUCCGCGAUGCCUUCCCUGGAGGAAAACUGGCAGCAGACGUGUCUAGAGUUGGAGCGGUAUCUGCAAACGGAGCCCAAGCGGCUGUCGGAGCUGUUCGAUGAGGAGCUGGACUGUCUCCUAACGCCGGCGUUCAUGCAGGGCGCCGACAGCGACGAGGACCUGAUGGACCCCCUCCUCCCCAGCCUCCCCGACCAGCCCAGUCCGCCGCCGCUACUGGUGGCGCUGCCCAAGGUCCAGGCCAAGGUCCUGCACGUGCCCCAGCCCAGCAGGACCCAGGCCGAAGCCGCGGCCCAAACCGUCCCGUCCAAGGAGCAGGUCCUGGGCGUCAGCGCGGCGCAGCUCAGCGCCGCCGUCACGUCCCUCACCCCGCCGUCGUCCCCGGAGCUCGGCCGCCACCUCAUCAAACCCACGCAGACGCUCACCGCCGCAGCCGACGGCACGCUAACGCUCAAACUGGUGGCCAAGAAGGUGGGGCUGGGGGCGGCCAAGCUGGUGGCGGCGCGGGCCCUGCCGUCGCCGCCGGGCCGGGGGGCGGCCCUCAGCGACAGCGAGCAGGGGGGAGGGGGGAGCCUGGGGGGAGACGUGCCUGAGAACAAGAAGAGAGUCCACCGGUGCCAGUUCAACGGCUGCAGGAAGGUUUACACCAAGAGCUCCCAUCUGAAGGCGCAUCAGAGGACCCACACAGGUGAGAAGCCCUAUAAGUGCUCAUGGGAGGGCUGCGAAUGGCGCUUUGCCCGCAGUGACGAGUUGACACGACAUUACCGCAAACACACUGGAGCCAAGCCAUUCAAGUGCAACCACUGCGACAGAUAAACACACACACACACACACACACACACACACACA